AAGGUACGUCGGCCUUGGCCGCUGGAUCCAGGGCACUAUUCUUAGAAACGGUACGCAGGAGUAAUACGGCAUGCCAGAAUGGAGAUUACGCAUUGGCCGCGACAUUAUACACGGAAGCUCUUGCCUUGGACCCCCUCAGUCAUGUGUUAUACUCAAACAGAUCAGCCGCCAGGCUAAAAAUGGGAUUAUUUGCGCUUGCAUUGCAGGAUGCUGUCAGAGCUACCGAGCUGAGUCCGCAAUGGCCAAAGGUAUGCAUUCUUAUCCAUAUUCUUCCCUACAUCUUCAAUUUCGGAUCUAUUGUAUAAUAAUCGAUUUUCAGGCAUACUACCGACAAGGAGUAGCGCUGCAAUGCUUAGGACGUCACGGAGAGGCACUCGUUGCUUUCAGCACGGGAUUAGCUCACGACGCGUCCAAUCAUCAAUUGUUAUCGGGCUUGGUAGAAGCAUCUCUGAAGUCUCCAUUACGACCGACUUUGGAGCCGACGUUCCAACAAUUACGCGCUAUGAAACUCGACGAGUCUCCAUUCGUCGUAAUAUCCGUGGUUGGUCAAGAGCUACUUGGAGCUGGACAAUACAGAGCGGCCGCUGGCGUGCUGGAGGCUGCGCUCACCAUCGGUUCAUGCAGCUUGAAAUUGAGGGGCUCUGUAUUCUCUGCUCUGUCCAGCGCGUACUGGGCAUUAAACUCUCUGGACAAAGCAAUCAACUACAUGCAACAGGAUUUAGGAGUGGCGCGUUCUCUGGGGGACACGCAGGGCGAGUGCAGAGCCCAUGGGAAUUUAGGCUCUGCUUAUUUCAGCAAAGGUAGCUUCAAGGAGGCUCUAACGGCUCAUAGGUACCAACUUGUUCUAGCUAUGAAAUGCAAAGAUACGCAGGCAGCGGCUUCGGCCUUGACCAGCCUGGGACAUGUCUACACGGCGAUCGGCGAUUUGCCGAACGCCCUGGCUUCCCAUAAACAGUGCGUGCAAUUGGUAAAACAGAUGGGUGAUCGACUGCAAGAGGCUCGCGAGAUCGGUAACGUCGGAGCGGUCUAUUUGGCAAUGGGAGAAUUUGAAAGUGCUGUUGACUGCCAUACGCAACAUUUGAGGAUAGCUAGACGGUUAGGUGAUCGCGUAGAAGAGGCGAGGGCUUUCAGUAACUUGGGAUCGUCUCAUCAUUAUCGUAGAAAUUUCGGGCAGGCGAUGGCCUAUCACGAAAACGUUUUGAGAAUAGCUCAGGAACUCGGAGACAGAGCGAUAGAGACCAGAGCAUAUGCAGGAUUAGGUCAUGCCGCCAGAUGUGCAGGUGACUUGGCACAAGCCAAGCUCUGGCAUCAAAGACAGCUCGAUGUCGCAUUGGUCACGAAAGACAAAGUAGCCGAGGGACGAGCCUGCAGCAAUCUAGGAAUAGUCUAUCAACUACUCGGCGAACACGAUGCCGCCUUAAAAUUACAUCAAGCACACUUAGGAAUCGCGAGAUCGUUAGGAGAUAAGGCCGGUAUGGGUAGAGCGUAUGGAAACAUCGGCAAUGCUUAUAACGCUUUGGGUUAUUAUGAACAAGCCAUUAAAUAUCAUAAACAGGAAUUAACGAUAAGCAAAGAGGUAAACGAUCGCAGUUCAGAAGCUAGUACACAUGGAAAUUUGGCAGUCGCAUAUCAGGCAGUGCAAGGUCACGAAGCGGCGUUGAGGCACUACAGAGCUCAUUUAGCUAUAGCGCGCGAACUGAAAGACACGGCUGGUGAGGCGUGUGCCCUGCUAAAUCUCGCCAAUUGUCUUUCUUCACGUGGCAGAUUUGAAGAGGCGGUGCCAUAUUACGAGCAUUAUCUAAUGCUGUCGCAAGAAUUGCACGACGUUGAGGGAGAGGCUAAAGCAUGCCAUUUCUUAGGAUAUGCUCACUACUGCCUGGGAAAUCAUAGGGAGGCAGUUAGAUAUUAUGAUCAAGAUUUAGCGCUAGCAAAGGACUUGCAGGAUAAAUCUGGAAUGGGUAGAGCUUACUGCAAUUUGGGAUUAGCUCAUUUGGCGCUGGAAAAUCUGGACACCGCUUUGGAAUGCCAAAAAUAUUAUUUGGCGAUCGCGCACAUGACCAAGCAUCUGGCUGGUAAAUUUCGCGCUCUAGGAAAUAUUGGCGAUUGUUUGUUACGCAUGGGAGAGGUUGACGAAGCUAUCAAGAUGCAUCAACGCCAGUUGAAUUUGGCGCGUCAAGCUGCCGAUCGUUGCCUGGAAGCGGCUGCCUACGGUGCAUUAGGGAUCGCUCAUAGAGCUACGAAGAAUUUGGACAAGGCUCUCGGUUUUCACACGCAGGAAUUAACUCUGAGACAAGAAGCCGGUGACUUGCGCGGUGAGUGCAGGGCACAUGGAAAUCUGGGUGCUGUGCAUAUGGCACUGGGACAGUACACUCACGCGGUCAAGUGUUAUCAAGAACAAUUAGAGAGAGCGAAGGAAUUAGCGGAUUCUGGAGUUGAAGCUCAAGCAUUAGGAAAUUUGGGCAUAGCUAGGCUUAAUAUGACGCAUUAUGAGGAUGCUAUCGGUUAUUUCGAACAACAGUUAGCAACUUUAGAACCGUUAACUACCGGCACCGCUUUACUUGACAAAGCUCGAGCUCUCGGAAAUUUGGGGGACUGUUAUGAAGCCUUGGGUGAUCUGGAAGAAGCUAUCAAAUGUCAUGAACAACAACUGACAGCCGCUACGAAGUUGAAAAGUAUCAGAGAUCAGGAGAGGGCAUACAGAGGAUUGGGAAGAGCUCGCGAGGCUACCGGGAACUUACAGGAAGCCUUGGUGUGUUUCGAGAAGAGAUUAGUGGCCGCUCAUGAAGUGGACAGUCCUGAGGCGAGAGGUGCCGCUUAUGGUGAUCUAGGCAGAGUACACGCCGCGUUAGGAAAUCAUGAGCAAGCUGUUAGUUGUCUGUCGCAUCAAUUGGCUCUCGCUCGUGGGCUCGGCGACAAAGCGGCCGAGGCCGAAGCUGCCAGCGGUUUGGGAGCAGUACAUCUUUUAAUGGAUGAUCCGAAUUCCGCGUUACGCCAUCAUCAGUUGGAGUUGUCGAUCGCUGAAGGUUUAGACGCGGCUGGCUUACAAGCUCGCGCUUGUGCCAAUUUAGGAGUGACUCAGGAGACAUUGGGACAAUAUGAGGAAGCUAUAAGGUUGCAGGAACAAUCAUUGAGCCUUGCGGCCGCAGCAGGCGAUCAACCCGCCCGAGCAGCAGCUUUCGCAAGUUUGGGUCGACUUCAUCAUUUAUGUGGAGACCUGCCACGUGCUCUAAGUUAUCUGCAGUCUGGUCUGUCUUUGUCCGAAGGCUUAGGCAGAAGAGAAGAAGCUGCCAGACUGAGACAUAGACUUGGUCUUGUCCACUGGGAGACCGGAGAAGCGAUCAUCUCUGUGGAACACUUGGAGAAGGCCGCAAAUCUCUUAGAAUCGUUAGACGGAACUUCUGUGUCUCUUUCUUGCGGUCAACCUAAUCGAACCGAGUUAUUAUCAGAAACAUACAGAAUGUUGCAAAAAGUACUAAUCAAUCUAAACCGAGCAGAGGAGGCUCUGAAUUGGGCGGAAAGAUCCAGACGAUCUAAAAGUAAUUCUUUGGAUGAUGCAGCUCAUUACUCUGAGAUCAUUGAUCGACAACGUGGAGUUAUUCUGUAUUAUAGCGAGGUAGGAUGUGAAUUGCAUGCGUGGUGCUUAGCGCCAGGACGUGGACUAUUACGAUUCCAUUCCGCAACAUUGGACGAUGGGGUAGGUUUAGAAAAGAGAGUUCUUCAAGCACGCGAAGCGCUCCUGGAUGAAAGCAACGAGCUUAUCGAGGAAUCCACCAAAAUCCCGUCAAGGGGUCAUCACUUGAAUGCUAGUUCCUACAGUUUGAGUAGUCUCUUCAGCGUCGGCUCUGUGAGUUCUCGCGCUGGAAGCGCUCGUUGGGGACGAGGUGCGAAAGGACCUACGUGGCAAGCACCAUUGCCAAUACAGGUGCUCUACGAUCUUCUUCUUGCUCCGUUUGAAGAUCUACUACCACCACCACGAAAGGAACUGAUUAUGGUGGUAGAGAAAUCUCUUUACUUGGCACCGUUCCCGGCUUUGCAAUCCAAUCCAGGCGAGGAUUAUCUGUGUGAAAGAUUCUCAUUAUUGGUGGUACCAUCCCUUGCGGCGCUCAGAAAGAGAUCGAAGACGCCUGUACUAGAAGGCGGUGCUACCGUGGCUGCGCUGGUCGCUGGAAACCCUAUUCUACCAGAGGACGUUCGAGAGGAAUACGGAUGGACUGAAAACAUCACUUCCACCGAGACCGAGUCAGAAAUAGUCGCUGAAUUAUUGGAGGCUCGCGCAAUGACUGGAUUGGAAGCUACCAGAUCAGCGGUUCUGCGAUCUCUACCAGAUGCGGAGUGUGUUCACCUGACAGUGCCGGUCUUCUGGAAUACCGGCAGUCUUGCGUUCUCGCCUGAUCAAUGCGAGGAGCCAUCUGAAAGGCCGGAAUACCUGAUAAAUCAGACAGAUUUACUCAGAUUAAAGAUGUCCGCCCGUCUGGUGGUCGUAUCCAGCGGUCAAAGUUGGAGCAACGUAGAUUGCACGAAUGCCACAUCGGACGGUAUACAGAAUAUCGCCAAGACUCUAUUAAGCGCGGGCGCGCAAUGUGUGCUCAUAGGGAUGUGGGCAGUACCACCAACCGCCGGUAGCAUCUUAUUACGAGCGUUUUACAGCGCAAUGUUGCAAGGGCAUACCAGACACUUUGCUCAUCCCGCUAACUGGGCCGGUUGGCUGCUUAUCGGUGGAGACACAAGAUUAUCCAACAAGGUCGCGCUAAUGGGUCAAGCACUGGCGGAAUUAUUGCGUGGUGGUCCCGAGCAGAGUAGAGACGCGCUGCGAGUAACGCUUCAUCUGGUAGAAAAGUCAUUACAAAGAAUUCAUCGCGGUCAGAAGAACGCCAUGUAUACGACUCAGCGCAGUAUCGAGAACAAGGUAGGCGCGGCUACUGGUUGGCGAGAGCUUCUAAUGUCCGUGGGAUUCAGAUUCGAACCGGCCGGCAAUGGUAUACCGUCCUCCGUAUUCUUUCCACAAAGCGAUCCCGAAGAAAGACUGACGAGAUGUAGCGCUAGCUUGCAAGCUCUACUAGGAUUAGGUCAAUCGUCAUUGCAUGCUUUGGCGAGACUCUUACAAGCACCAGAAGCCGCAGAGGAUGUCAUUGCUGCCAUGAGAAGAGCCAGUUGUGCUACAGAAGGACAAGAAGUUAUAUUGCCUGUACAUGUUUGGAGAGCAUCAGGAUCACACGAACUGUUCGCUAGCUUAGGUUUCGACUUGAUGGAAGUCGGACAAUCAGAAGUGAUAUUGAGAACAGGCAAACAAGCCUCACGUAGAGCUGUCCAGUUUGCUCUUCAAGCUCUUCUCGCGUUAUUUGAUACACAAGAAGCACCAAAAAGUCUUAGCUUAGAUUCAGGUAGUUCCAUGGAGAGUUUAGCUUCUGUGGCCCAUACUGAGAAAAAUCUUGUAGAACGGCCACGAUUGGGAGGAGCAUUUGCAAGUUACGUGCGACAUCGUGGUGAACCAGAUGGAAAGACUAUGGAACCACCGAACGUUUUGAUACCAGCUUCACGACAGCCAUGUCAAAACGGUGGAGGUGAAUCAGACGUGGCAUUUACACCUAGUCCUCCUGUGGCGCUUAACUUGAACCAUCAGACUCGUAUCCGGAAUCUUUAUCCCGAACAAAAUCCGGUAAGACCCGGCUCAAGCUCGAGCAGUUCAGUAACAGAUUGGGACAAUGGUCACGCCACUGUAUUGAGGCGGCAACCGUUACCACCUUUGCCGGCUAAUGUAUUGGAAAGAUUGAGCGUGAGAACCGAGAUUGACACGAACUCGUCGAGGAAGCCACGGCAUGCCGCAGCGACAAACGAGGACAUCUGCAGCGUACAGACCGACGCGACACAAUCCACGGAAACACAUCCGCAGAAUUUGAGGAACCUGGCCACUUCCUUGACGAGUCUAACGCGGGAGCUUACGCCCACGAUAUCGGAGGUAUAUCACGAGCGCAAUUUGGGAUUGGGUCUAGCGCCAUCAUUAUCGAAAUUGCUGGAAGAAGUGAGCGCUGUAUCCGAAAAUGAGGAGUCGCAAUCGAAAACGGUGGGCCACAGUCAGACACAGAAUUGGAUACAGAACGAGUCGGAGCUCUGCCGAAGGGAUGAGGCCGACGGUAGAUCUAUCGCGGAGUCGCAAUGCAGCGCCGCCAGUUCGAAUAAAAUACCUCGGAAAGCACCCGCGCCGCCGAUAUAGAUUAUUUAUAUUUAUAAGUUAAAGCAUAAUUUCGCGAAGUAUAGUACUGGGUACCAAAGAAUGGGAGACACAUUGGGA